GUUGCCCUCACCUGCGCUCCUUUGCCCUUUCUCGGAAGAAGAGAGGCCCAGAAGAAAAUGGAGGAAAACAAGGCGGGCGAAGCGAUCGAGUCUUUCGAAGAGUCUUCGCCGAAGCCUGACCCCAAUUCUAGCUCCGGCGACAAGAACAAGGCACCGGAGGUGGAAGUCCACCUCUUCCGCCGGGGACGAGGGCCGAUCGACGUCUUCCGAUCGAAGCUGGGCGGUUGGGAUCAGGAUCGCCUCGAGGUUCAAGACAUCCUCGACAAGUAUGGGUUCAAGUCCCUCUUCGCCUUUAAUCCCGAGUCGGGGAGAGGCGUCCCCAUCCGCUUCAGCUCCCGCAACGGCCGAUCAAUCCUCCCUUACACCGGAGGAUCUGUGGUCGUCAUUGAUGGAGAACCCAAGGAUUCAUUGGUUAAGCCUGUGACGAAGAUCAUGGUCGGAGUAGCAGUGCUAACACUUCUGAUCGCAAUGUUCUUUAAAGAAACACCGGAAUGGUUCAAGUCGUCAAGGUUCUCCGGCAUAACAUUUCCUCCAUGGGUUCUUGCUUGCAUGGUUAUCGUCUUCACUCGCUUGAGGAAGAGAACUAAGGAUGUUCUGAAGAAGUAUGGGCGGUGAAAAGCAAUCACUGAACUUCAUACUUCAUAUUGGAAUGCGAGUUAUUAAUGAUGUGUCAUAUCAUCGGACGAAUGAGUGAUGUCAGAGAUGAUCUGUCCGGUUCUCGAUGUAGAAGCAGCAAAAGGCGCCGAGGAGGUCAAACUGGGUCGACGGGUGGAGGCGCUGCCUCACAAGUCAUCAGCAAUUUUUGAAACUUAGGAGCGUUCUAUAGGAAUUUUUGAAAAUUAGAACAUUCUUUGAGAAUUUUUCAAAGUUAUAAUUAAAAAAAAUUAAUUUUAAAAUAUAUAUAUAUAUAUAUAUAUAUAUAUAUAUAUAUAUAUAUAUAUGUGUGUGUGUGCGUGUGAAAUACUUCGUUUACAUGUUGAAAAUAGGAGAUCCGACGGUGUAUAUCUCUGUACGCCGAACAGAUCAGCCGUUCAA